GCAGUACAUUUUGCAAAGCCGUUGCAUCCUCAGCUCACUUGCAGUCUUCGGAAAGCCAUGCAGGAUGAAGAUGGGUAUAUCACCUUAAACAUUAAAAGUCGAAAGCCAGCUCUCACCUCAGCUGACACUGGUUCUUCCUCCGUAUGGCGUGUGAUGACUUUGGUUCUGCUGGUCGUAUGCAUGGGAAUGGUCAUUGGGCUGGUGGCCCUGGGGAUUAUGACUGUCACACAGCAAAUUCACCUACAAGCAGAGAAUGAAAAUCCCUCAGAAACUUUGAUACAACUAACAAAGAAGGUCUGUCAAGAUUUCCUACAACUGUUAACACAAUUCGAACCAAAAGGUGUUCUCUCUCAUCCCUGCAGCCCCUGUGAGAAAUCCUGGCGAUACUAUGGAGAUAGUUGCUAUGGAUUUUUCAAGCACAACUUGACUUGGGCCGGGGGUAAGCAGUACUGUGCUGACAGGAAUGCCACUCUUGUGAAGAUCACCGACCAGAACAUUCAGGAAUACAUCAGAAGCAGGACUAGCCUCAUCCGGUGGGUUGGAUUAUCCCGCCAGAAAUCUAAUGGGAAUUGGACAUGGGAAGACGGCUCAGUCCCCUCCAGGAGCAUAUUUGAGCUUUCUGGAGAUACAAGAGAAAAUAUGAAUUGUGCUUAUUUUCAUAGUGGGAAAAUUCACCCAACCUACUGUGAGAAAAAGCAUUAUUUAAUGUGUGAGAGGAAGGCUGGCAUGGCAAAGAUGGACAAACUACUUGACUACAAAGUGACGAAGGGGAUGCGACAGACAAAUGCCUGCCUGCAAUAAAAGAUCUGGACGAAGGAAUAACUAGCCAUCAAAUUGCUUACUCCUCCCUUUAUUUCCUUUGGAGUCAUUUUUGAAUUAUCUUUCCUACCAAUACCAUUUAGUCCCAUCUUUCUAUAUCCCUUUAUACUAAAGGUGAGCUUAUGUCUACUUUAAACAUUCAGAAAUCAAUCUGUGAGAUGAUCAUUUGCUUCCUAAUUAUUCUAUUUCCA